AUGGCUAAUAUUGCAACCCGUCUUGUUGUUGUUGUUACCGUGUUGGUCGCUGUCGUGGCUGUCGCGGAAGCCACCAUGCUUCAAGAUUUUUGUGUUGCUGAUUUGUCCAAUGCGGUCAAGGUCAACGGAUACACUUGCAAGGACUCAACACAAGUAACACCGGAGAACUUCUACUUCCAGGGCUUAGCCGCGGCCGCCAACACCGGAAACUCCUCCACCGGCGCUGUCGUAACCGGAGCCACCGUAGAGAAGCUACCAGGACUAAACACACUCGGCCUCUCCAUGUCCCGCAUCGAUUACGCACCAAACGGUCUUAACCCACCUCACGUGCACCCACGUGCCUCCGAGAUCGUCUUCGUCCUCGAAGGUCAGCUCUACGUCGGCUUCGUGACAACCGCCGGAAAACUCAUCUCCAAACACAUUAACAAAGGAGAAGUUUUCGUCUUCCCCAAAGGACUUCUUCAUUUCCAGAAGAACGUCGCCAAGGCACCAGCCUCUGUACUUGCAGCUUUCGACAGCCAAUUGCCCGGAACACAAUCUCUCGUGUCCUCUCUCUUUGGAGCUCUCCCUGAAGACAUCCUCGCUAGAUCAUUCCAGAUGAAACCCAAACAAGUCAUGAGGAUCAAAUCCAGAUACCAACCCAAGAAAUGA